AGAGAGAGAGAGAGAGAGAGCACCAGACAGAGAGUGCUAUGCAGAGAGAUGGAGGCAGAGAGAGAGAGAGAGAGAGCAUGAGAGAGAGGGAGCGAGAGAGGGAGCGAGAGAGAGAGAGAGAGAGAGAGAGAGAGAGCGCUGCAUGCUACUCACUGCCCGGCAGGAGCACCAGAGGAGAUGGAGCUAUAGUGCUGAGAACGAAAGAAAAGAAGGGCAGAGUGACGUAGAGAAAGAUAAUAUAAGAAAAGAAAGGGAAGAGGGGAAUCUGGGGCAGAUGCACAUUAGUGACAGACAUUAACAUCGGCAGGCUGGAGCAAGAGAACGUGAAAGAGGCUUGGAGAAUAACACAUCAUAAGAAGAGAAGAAGCGUGAGAGCUGAACGCUGUGAAGGAUGACAGAGCACCAGUCCUGAGAUCAACCCUCAUCCUUCCCCCUCUCCUCACCCCUCCUCUGACCCCAUCCCCAACAUUACCCUCCUCCCUCUCUCUCUCUGUGGUUAGACAAGACAUGAUGACCGGUCCUGACCAGAUUCCACUCUCAUCGCAUCCUUGUGGAACCUCUUCAUCUACUCUGGACUUCUUCUCAGCAUUCUGACUGGCACUCUUCUGACCACUUUCACAUAUUCUCUCCAGGAGAAGACAGGAAGGAAGACCGUAUUCUCACCAGGAGAAGACAGGAAGGAAGACCUUAUUCUCUCCAGGAGAAGACAGGAAGGAAGACCGUAUUCUCACCAGGAGAAGACAGGAAGGAAGACCUUAUUCUCUCCAGGAGAAGACAGGUAGGAAUACUGUAUUCUCUCCAGGAGAAGACAAGUAGGGGGAAGUUUGUCAUCUCCUUGCUGUGAGGACUGACUUUUUUUCUUCAUCAGGAAGAUAAGGACCGACAACAUCGAGAAGACUUCCAGUUCACUGAGGCACAAAACAACAACAACACUGAGAAAGAAACAACAUUUUAAACACGGAAAGAAGACAGGACAUUCUAACAUCAACAGGUCAUUUCAACAAGAGAUUAAGACAUUUUAAAACUUUCUCAGUCUCUCUCUAAUAAUAAUAAUAAUACUUCUCUUGGACUCUCUGUCCUGAGAAUUUCUCUGCGAGGGUGAGUUGGUCCAUCCAGCCCAGCCAUGCAGGUGUCUAUAGCCUGUACGGACCCCCACAUGAAACGUGGAAAUGGGGAUCACAAGAAUGCCACCAGCCCGGGGAAUGCAGCUCGGGCCAAGUUCAGAACCGUGGCCAUCAUAGCACGUAGCUUUGGGGCGUUCGCACCCCGACAUCACAUCUCCCUCAAAGAGUCUACAGGGAAACUGACCGGCAUGAAAUACAGGAACCUGGGAAAGUCAGGACUUAGAGUGUCGUGUUUGGGACUGGGUACAUGGGUGACGUUUGGCAGUCAGAUCACAGAUGAGGUGGCCGAGCAGCUGAUGACCAUAGCGUAUGAGAGUGGGGUCAACCUGUUUGACACAGCGGAGGUGUACGCUGCCGGAAAAGCUGAAGCCAUAUUGGGUAAUAUCAUCAAAAAGAAGUCCUGGAGACGAUCAAGUCUGGUCAUCACUACCAAGCUGUACUGGGGAGGAAAGGCAGAGACUGAAAGAGGCCUUUCAAGGAAACACAUUAUUGAAGGUCUGAAGGGCUCUCUCCAGAGGUUGCAGCUGGAAUACGUAGACGUGGUCUUCGCAAACCGCCCCGACACCAACACGCCCAUGGAAGAGAUUGUGAGAGCCAUGACAUAUGUGAUCAACCAGGGGAUGUCCAUGUACUGGGGGACAUCUCGAUGGACAGCCAUGGAGAUCAUGGAGGCGUACUCUGUCGCCAGACAGUUUAACCUGAUCCCUCCGGUGUGUGAGCAGUCUGAGUACCAUCUCUUCCAGAGGGAGAAGGUGGAGGUCCAGCUUCCAGAACUCUACCACAAGAUAGGUGUCGGGGCAAUGACGUGGUCUCCGCUGGCCUGUGGCAUCAUCACAGGGAAGUACCAGAACUGCAUCCCAGAAACCUCCAGGGCAUCCAUGAAGUCGUACCAGUGGUUAAAGGAGAAGAUAGUGAGCGAGGAUGGGAGGAAACAGCAGGCUAAGCUGAAGGAGCUGGGACACAUUGCUGAGAAGCUGGGCUGUACUCUCCCACAGCUGGCCGUGGCCUGGUGUUUGAGGAAUGAGGGGGUGAGCUCAGUCCUCCUGGGAUCCUCCAGUCCAGAGCAGCUAACAGAGAACCUAGGCGCCAUACAGUUCCUUCCAAAAAUGACGUCUCAUGUGGUGUCAGACAUCGAUCACAUACUGGGGAACAAGCCGUACAGUAAGAAGGACUAUCGCUCCUAGACACCCAGGAGGAAGCAGAACCACUACUGUACAACCACUGUGGAUCCAGUUCCACCAACCAUCUGGGCUCAGCCUCCAUGGGGUUUCAGCUCAGUCUAAUCCCAGCCCAGUUCAGGCCUGCUCAGCUCAGCCCCAGCCUUCUUAGCCCAGUGAAACCGAGCUCAGUUCAGCCUAACCCUGCUAACCCUCUGCCUAGACCAGCUUUCAGCUCAGCUUACUCUUAUCAGUAGAUUCUCUGACUCCUGAGUUUAUUAACCAUGUAGAUGCAUGCUUCCCCUCUCUGGUGUGCCUGGACUUUCUCUUCAAAGGCACAUUGUACAAAACAACACAGAAAGGGGAUAAAACUUAGAAUAUACCGGAAACGUCUUUCACAAUGCAUUUUGUAAACAAACUCCUCUCUUCAAGCCAGUAUUCUGCAUUUGACCACCGUUUGACCUCGCAAAGCAGAGCACCCUGGGACAGUGAGUUUCAGGCGACAGGCCUUUGUUCUGUCUGUGAGGGGAAGAAUGUGCAUGUUGUCGCCCCCAUCUGGUCGUAUAAGAAACUGCUAUCCAAUAUCUUCAAUAGAUUAUUAGUGAGAGAGCGCAGGAGAAUCUCAUUAGCAUUUUCCUUGGGAGAAUCUCAAUUCCAUCCUCUCUCCUCACCAACUUCUCAAAACCCAUUGGAGGAGAAUGUUCGAGGGGAGGGACCUCUGACUUUCUCAUCCAAUACGUUUUGAGAAGGAGGAGAGGAAUGCAGACGCGGGGAGGCAAGGAAAUGCAAUUAAGAUUCUCCCAGUGGCCUACUGUUCUGUAUAGUGCCAGUCUGAGUGAGCAGGGGGCCUCCUGUACUGUACUGUAUACUCUCUGUCUGCAUCCAUAGAGGAGAAUCCUGCCUCUCCUCCUCCUGCCUAUAAUAUGAACCUGCAUCUUUAGUUGCUGACGGGAAUCUGGGAUAGCACAAGCCACUCUGUGACAUAACCUCCCAACCAGACCAAUGUUACCUGUGGGUGUUGCUUGUUAGAUAAUGUGUAAGAUAGGUGAAGUAUUUAGAAAGAUGUAAAGGCCUAUGUCUAUUCUAUAAUAGUACGUGAAAAUUAGUUUCUUCUGUGGGUUAGAAUGUUUUUCGUCUUUCAGGGGUGUAUAUACAGUAUUAAACUUUAUGGGGCAAACCUUGUAACGUAAGCAAAACAGACCUCAAGUCCCCUUUGUUGCAGAUGAAACUAAAGUAUUCUAUAAAUAACCUAGAAAUAUUCUAUAAAUAACCUAAGUAUUCUAUAAAUAACCUAAAAGCUACCUGUAAACAUUCUAUAAAGAACCUAGAAGUAUUCUAUAAAGAACCUAUAAGUAUUAUAUAAAGAACCUAUAAGUAUUCUAUAAAGAACCUAUAACUAUUCUAUAAAGAACCUAUAAGUAUUCUAUAAAGAACCUAUAAGUAUUCUAUAAAGAACCUAUAAGUAUUCUAUAAAGAACCUAUAAGUAUUGUGUAAAGAACCUAUAAAUAUUCUGUAAAGAACCU